UAGCUAAAGAUAUUUUUGUCACAGUCUACAUAUUAAUAAUAUAAUAUUUUUUCGGCUUAACUAAAUACUCAGACUAAAAAAUUUAAUAUUUUCGGACACUAGUGACAACAGCUGCUGCAUCUGGAUGGAAUAAUGCCAAUGUUCUUUUAACUUUGAUAUCUUAAUAUCAAAUUAUUGAUAACAAAAAAUAAUAGACGCACGCGAUAUUUAUCAUUUACAGUUUUAAUGAUAAUAUGUAUAAUAUAAAUUGUUAACAAUAACGCAUUAGUAUAAACUGAAAUCAUGAUUUAAAAUCCAUAUAAAAACUAUAACUGUGUUAUAUGUUCCAUCACAACCGACCGAUUUAUAACUUUAUAUUUUUAUGUCAUUGCUAAUAUUUGUUAUAAUUCUAUUGAAUUUCAUGUCAAUCUCAGAAGAAUUGAACGGUCCCAACCAAAUACAGGGCAACCUAUUACAAAGAUCUACCCAAAAUUCACCUUAUACACCAAAGAAAAGUUUCAAUGAUAACUUAUGUGAAUAUAUAUAUUUAGAAUUAGGAACAAGUAAAAAGGAAAUAUUCAACUAUGUGCAUUUAGGACAAUCAAUUAAAUUUAAAAACGGCAUUAGUAAGUUGGUGUUCAAAACUAUUUUAUUUUAAAAUAACAAUUAUGUCAUCUAUAACUGGUUGUGAACAUUUAGUUGAAAAAAAGAAUGAUGAAUUACUAAAUAAUUAUCGAAUUGUCCAUUCUAACUUUGUAUCAUGCCUCUAUGAAAAUUCAAAGAAAGCCAAAAAAAAAUUAGCCAAAUGUCAUGAUUGUAAAUCUCAAGGUCCAAGGUUGUUAUCUUGCUUACACUGUGUAUUCUUCGCGUGCAAUGCACAUUUAAUCAAUCAUUUUUCUGAAACUAAUCACAGUUUUGGAGUUAAUUUAACAUCAGGGCAUUUGUAUUGUUCAAAAUGUGAAGAUUAUAUUUAUGAUGGUGAUAUUUUAACUGCAGCCAAUUCUUUACAUAAUGAUAUUUAUAGCUUUCAAAGCAGACCAUUAACAGUAAAUCAUAUAAAUUUACUGCGCUCCAAUAAUGAUAUUAAAUAUGUUAAUAAUAUACCAGUACCAGGAUUUGUAAAUUUAGGUAAUACAUGCUUUUUAAAUAGUGUGCUGCAAGUUUUAAUGCACACUCCUAUGUUGAGAAAUUAUGUUCUGUCUGAUCAACAUAUAUGUGCUUAUUUAAAAGAUCCUAGUCGUUGCAUUUUAUGUGAAAUUAGUAGAAUUUAUCAACAAGCUUAUACAUUAGAAAUUAAUUUAAUUGGGUUACAAAAAUUGUUAAAAAUAUUUUGGGAAAAUACAACAUACAUGGCAUCAGCUCUGCAACAUGAUGCUCAUGAAUGUUACAUUGCUAUAUUGGAUAUAAUUCAUAAGCAAACUAUAAAACCUUAUGAAAAUGAUAAAGACUUAAAACAAUUAGAAAAUUGUCAAUGUAUAAUUCACAAGAUGUUUAGAGGAGUGCUACAAAGUGAUAUAAUUUGCCAAAGUUGUGGUAAUAUCUCAUCAAAAAUUGAUAUAAUUAACGACAUUUCAAUAUAUUUUGCUCUUGACGACAAAGGAAAAUAUCCAUUAAGUAUUUCAUUAAUGGAAUGCUUAGAAUUAUAUGGCCAAGUAGAAUUAUUGAAUGACUUAGACUGUACGAGUUGUAAAGCUAAAAAGUUGUCAACCAAACAACUUACAUUGAAAUAUUUACCUAUGGUAUUAUGUUUCAUUUUAAAAAGAUUUGGACAACCUUCAGAUAAUGUUUCAAAUAAAAUUACUACAAUAGUUGAAUUUCCAGAAACAUUAAAUAUGGCCAAAUUUAUCGAGAAAAAAACUACAACUGGAAAUGAAUUUAUUGAUGAAUGUUUAGCUACUUAUGAGACAGUGUACAAGUUAUAUGCUGUAAUUUGUCAUGAAGGCCAACUUAAUGGUGGCCAUUACUUGUCUUACAUACGGCAUCUAGGACAUUGGUAUCAGUGUAAUGACAAUAUUGUAAGAAUUGUAGAACUAGAUGAUGUUUUAAGAAGCCCAGCUUAUUUAUUAUUCUAUCAUAAAGAAUUCAUGAAUUUUUAUUAGUUAAUUUCAAUGUCUUUAACAAAUUAAGUUGUAAAAAUAAAACUAAAAUUAUUAAUAUGAUUAUUGUUCCAUUAAAAUGCACCAAAUUAUCCCAAUAUUAAAAUUAUUAAUUAUCAUAAGUAAAUUUUUAUCAGAGAUAUAGAACUGCAUUAUUGACUAACAUACUUUUUGUGUUAAAUAAAAUGCAAUUUAAGACUUGUUUUUACUAUUAUAUGUACAUAUGAA